AUGGUACAGACACGUCAAACAGAUCCAGCUGGUAAUGGACCGCCUCAAGAGAAUGAGGCUUUUCUGAGACAAAUGAGGGAGAUGAUGACGGCGGUGGUAGAUGAAAGGUUGAGGAAGUUUGAAGAAGACUUCACAAGGAAGCAUCAAGAGUCGGUCAAUCAAGAGGACCGAGAGAAUGAGGUGACUAUGGAGGCACGAGGAGUAGGAGAAAGAGGGGUUAGGAGCGGUGAUCGAGCUGGAGAUUUACCUCAGAGGGAGGAGUAUCGAGCGGCUAGCCAGGGAGGAGAUACUUCAGAGGGAGUGAUUUACCCUCCGUUGCUGAAUGACAUCACCAAGGUAUGGAGAGAGGUGCAUCGUCAUGAUCCUCCCCAGUUCAAGGGAAGUUUGGAACCGUCAGAUGCAGAAAAGUGGAUUGAGCGGAUGGAGACAAUCUUUACUGCUGUUCCUUGUCUUUCCCCGCUCAAGGUACAAGUGGCGGUUACCUAUCUGGUGGAGCAAGCAAGGCAUUGGUGGGAUAGUGCAAGACCUUCUGAUAUAUCUCAGUUGGACUGGGAUACCUUCAAGCGGAUGUUCUAUGAUCACUUCUUUCCGAAGGAGUUGCGAAUGGAAAAGCAAUUCCUGUUCUACUCCUUGAAGCAGGGCGAGAUGCAUGAGGACCAGUUUAUCACAAGGUUUAUAGAUUUGGCAAAGUAUGUGCCCAGGCAGACGGAAGAUCAUUCACUUUGGUUAGCUCAACAACUGAUGAACCGUGCAAGGCCGGAGUUGAAACAGCAGUUGGCCUUGUUAGAGGUCAAGACCUUUGAGGAGAUGUGUGUGAAGCUGCGGGUUGCGGCUAGAAGGACAAGAGAGGUGGUAGAGGCAAGGAGGGCUAAGAACCAAGCUAGAGCAGCUCGUUACCCUGGACCUCCAGGAGGAGUGGGGAAGAGGAGUCAAUACAGCUCUGGGAGCUCGAGUAGCUCAGGGAGAAACAGGAACCAAGGGCAGAAUCAAAGGGCGAAUGCUCAGAGGGGCUUUAUGCAGAGGCGCCAGAAUCCAAACAAUCAGACUGGUGGGGGACAGGGCUCCCGUCGAGAUUCAUCAGUGACCACCCCGAGUGUUACUGGACCGUGCCCCAGAUGUGGGGGUAGGCAUGCGGGGCAAUGCUGGGAGUGCUUUCGAUGCCACCGGUGGGGACAUAUUGCCAGAAACUGUCCAGAGAGUCAGCUGACACCUCCAGCUGGUCGUUCUACUGUUCCAGGACGUGUCUAUGCGAUGACAAAUGAGGAGGCUUCUGCAUCUCCGAACUUGAUUCGAGGUAACAUUCUACUUGAGGGACAUGUUAUUUCUGCUUUAUUUGACUCGGGUGCUACGCACUCCUUUAUUUCUGUGGACUGUGCUCAGAAGUUGAGCUUGCCUGUGGUUGAGCUACCUUAUGACUUAAGAGUGUCUACUCCUGCUGGAGUCACUGUUGUAACUGGAAGAGGGUGUCUAGAGCUUGCACUUCAGUUUGAGAGUCGAGAUUCUAAAAUAGAUUUGUUCUGUCUACCUUUGAAAGGUAUCGACGUGAUUAUUGGCAUGAAUUGGUUGAUGGCCAAUGGAGCAAUUCUUGAUUGUAAAAGGAGGUUGGUGACAAUCUCGGUAGGUGCCUUAUGUGCUGAAAUGUCGAGUGGUCCAGUUUUGUUGUCAGCUGCUCAAGUAGAGAAGGCGGUGAGGAAAGGGUGCCAGGCCUUCAUUGUCUUCUUUUCAAUUAGUGAGGAUGAGGCAGGCGGAAUUGAACAGAUAGCUGUGGUGAGGGACUACCCCGAAGUGUUUUCGGACGAGGUUGCAGGACUACCUCCGGAGCGAGAAGUGGAGUUCUCCAUCGAGUUGGUUCUGGGAACCACCCCAAUCUCCAAGGCUCCCUAUAGAAUGUCUCCUUCAGAGUUGGUCGAAUUGAAAAAGCAGCUAGAAGAAUUGCUAGAAAAGGGACUUAUCCGACCAAGUGUGUCACCGUGGGGAUCGCCGGUUUUGUUCGUGAGGAAGAAAGAUGGUAGCUUGAGGUUGUGUAUCGACUACCGACAACUAAACAAGGUCACAAUCAAGAACAAGUACCCGUUGCCUAGAAUUGAUGACCUAUUGGACCAAUUAGUUGGAGCAUCAGUUUUCUCUAAGAUUGAUCUGAGGUCGGGAUACCAUCAGUUAAGGGUUCGAGCAGAAGACAUUUCAAAAACAGCCUUUCGAACUCGUUAUGGACAUUAUGAGUUUUUGGUGAUGCCUUUUGGACUGACAAAUGCUCCAGCUGUCUUUAUGGACUACAUGAAUCGAAUCUUCCGACCUUAUUUGGACAGAUUUGUGGUAGUGUUCAUCGAUGACAUUCUGAUUUAUUCUAGAAGUGAGGAGGAACAUCGAGAGCAUCUUCACAUCGCACUACAGAUAUUGAGGGAUCACCAGUUGUAUGCGAAGCUGUCAAAGUACGAGUUUUGGCUAAAGGAAGUGAAGUUUCUGGGUCAUGUGGUGUCAGCUGUGGGAGUAGCAGUGGAUCCUAACAAGGUGGACGCAGUACUUAAGUGGGAAGUCCCUAGAUCGGUAACUGAGGUACGGAGUUUUGUGGGAUUAGCUGGUUACUAUCGGAGGUUCAUCCAAGGCUUUUCUCAGAUUGCAAUGCCGUUGACCAAGUUAACCAAGAAGGAUCAACCGUUUGUUUGGACGGAGAAGUGUGAAUCAGCGUUCCAAGAGCUGAAGACCAAGUUGACUACAGCUCCAGUGCUUACUCUUCCAAUCCCCGGAGUACCUUAUGUUCUUUACACCGAUGCGUCACUAAAGGGUUUGGGUUGUGUGCUAAUGCAGAACAAUAAGGUGGUGGCAUAUGCUUCCAGGCAGCUAAGGCCACAUGAGGAAAACUACCCAACCCAUGACUUGGAGCUAGCGACAGUAGUUUUUGCACUAAAGAUCUGGAGACAUUAUCUGUAUGGCUCCCAGUUCGAAGUCUUCAGUGACCAUAAAAGUUUGAAAUACUUGGUGGAUCAGAAAGAGUUGAACAACCGGCAGCGUCGUUGGAUGGAGUUCCUGAAGGACUAUGAUUUUGAGAUUAAGUAUCAUCCUGGAAAAGCAAAUGUGGUAGCGGAUGCUCUGAGUAGAAAAGCGGUGCAUGUGUUCUGUAUAAGCUUAAAGGAACAAUUCUUGCUCGAGGAGUUAUUAGAGAUCCCAAUUGUACCGUCGGAGCAAGCUACUUUAUGUGCAGUGCUUGGAGAUUAUGAGUUCUAUCAGGAUUUACGAGCGGCUCAAUGGGAAGAUGAUCAGUUGGCAAAGAUUCGGGUAGAAUUGGAGGAUGGCCCAGUACAGGACUAUGAACUUGGAGAUAUGGGCAUCCUGAAGUAUAAGAACCAGAUUUGUGUUCCCCAGGACGAGGAGAUUAAAGGAACUAUCCUAGAGGAGGCUCAUCGAAGCCGUUACGCCAUCCACCCUUAA